AUGUCAGAAUCCGAUCGAUCAUCAUCCACUCCUUCUUUCCAAAAUCAUCAUCAACAAUUUAAUACCGAGUUAGCUCCAAAAGCGAUCGGCCCAUAUUCUCAGGCUUGUAUUUUCAAUGAACGAUUGAUUUUUGUGAGUGGACAAAUUGGAUUAGAUCCACAAACAGGUCAAUUGGUGUCUGGAGGUCCAACAACCCAUGAGAAUGAUGAAAUAGAAACAGUGAAGGCUCAAACACAUCAAACUUUGAAAAAUUUAGGAAAUGUUUUGAAUGAAGCUGGAUCAGGAUUUAGUCAUGUCGUAAAAACCACAGUGUUAUUGACCACUAUGGAUCACUUUGCGGAAGUGAACAAGAUUUAUGAGCAAUAUUUUGUUGAUAACAAACCUGCACGUGCCUGCUUUGCAGUCAAACAAUUACCAAGAAAUGCUCUUGUUGAAAUUGAGGCAAUUGCCUAUAAGAAAUAG